CCAUUACAAACGACACCGCGUGCUAUCUACCUUAGACAGCAUAGUCACGCCGGAUGAUCUAUCUAGCCAGUCCCCAAAACUCGUGUAUAGGUAUUUAGUGCAGACGUGAUCACAAGAGACGACGCUUGCAUACUUGAGUAUACAACGCAUGUUUCCACUAACUCCAAACACAGGGAUUUGCAGACUCUGUCAUCCCCUUUCAAGUUCUACUUUGGGUAGCAUGACUGGGAGAGAAAAGUUCUACAAGACGAUAAUGCUGUCUUUAGCAUUCCUGCUUAUUUUGGACGUAGCUUUUUCAGAACCUGCUGUAUCCCCAGCACCGUCACAAGACCCCCCCGCGAAGAAAGCUUAUCAGCACCCAAGGCAAGACAUGUUGGUUCUUGGUUCCACAGCAAUCAUAGAAACUGAGCAGACAGCUAAAUGUUACAAACAAUACCAAGGUAGCCCUACUCUAGCUAAGGACGUCAAACGGUGCCUGGAGGCUUCUACCACGACCAAGGGAGCACCCGGUGAGCCGUAUUUCGACAUUGAUGGCGGGCAGCUACUAAUAUCAAAGUACGAAGGAGACAGAAACGCUAAGCUAACAUGUGUCGUCAGGGAUCUUGGAAACCGCAAUGUUGUGUGGAUGAAAAUGAGGCCACUACCGAUUAUGAUUUCAAUAAACAAGAUUUUAAACGCACCCGAUUCACGUUAUUCUCUGGAGACGGACAACAACGGCACUUUUAACCUUCAAAUUGAUGACCUAAGAAGGGCCGAUGAGGGCAUCUAUGAAUGCCAGGUCAACACUGAUCCACAGUUAGCAUGGAGUGUUACCUUACAGAUAGUAGUUCAAGCUACCGUUAGUGAUAUUGUACCAGUGAAAAAUGGAAAACGGGAUGGCAGAAUGUUUUCCUUCACAUACAACGAGACGGAUUCAGUUGAACUGAUAUGUGUAGGUGACGGGUCCCCAUCACCCAGCAUUGAAUGGCGUAAAUGGCGUGAACCGCCACAACCUCCCCUACCGGCUGGGAACGUGACACUACAAAUUGAGUCAAUCAAUCGAAGCCAGGCUGGUAAAUACGAAUGUGCGGCAGAGAAUGGAUACAACGAAGCGCCAGAUAUCAGACCAGUGUUCAUCAAAGUCAACUAUAAACCAGAAGUUGUCGCUCUUGUGACUGAUGUCCGAGCAGCAGCGGGUGAGUACAGGCAGCUCCGGUGUGGCGUGGAUGCUUAUCCCAAAGCUAAAUACACAUGGAAGAAAGAUGGAGUCACACUGGACCCACCUAGCGGUGCCAUCAAAAACUCGCCCAGAAAGCAAACAACGAUUCCUCUGUUUUGUGGUGGAAAUUAUACUAGUUUAGUUAUUGUGAGUGUGGAUCCAGACCGGGAUUACGGCACAUACUCCUGCCACGCUACGAACUUCCUUGGUACAUCAGUUGGAUACAUCAACCUCAGUGGUAAACCGAUGGCGCCCGUCAUUACCAGUAGCCCAGUUGGUAACCGGCGUCAUGCAUACAAGUUGACAUGGACACAGCAGAAUGGUCAGCCUCCAAAUUACCCAGGCACCAUACCAGUUAACUACUAUCAAAUCCGGUACCGUGGUUGGUGGAGAGACUCUACAAAAGACAGACGAAAGGUUUACUCAUUAGAAGAUGAGAGUAAUUUUCUUGAAGAGGUCAUGUUCCCAGACUCCACCAAGGCUCAGCAAUACUGUGUCCUGAAUGAACUUCGAUAUAAUGCGACCUAUGACAUCCAGCUCUAUGCGGUCAAUGAAUACGGAGAUGGUGAUGCCGUAAAUUUAACGAUUUACACCGCUCUGGCCAAGAGUGAUAGCAACAUCACAGAAGAAACAACGACACCUAACGAUGUAGCUAUCCAGGGGUCUAUAUCAUCAUCGUCAAAGGGCACCAAAGAAAGAGAGGACCCCGAUCAACCCGCAAAAAGCUGGCAGAACACCGAUGGAGGGAAUACAGCACCCUCAACCAGAGCCACUCUAGUCACAACCUUGACGUCAUUGAUUAUUCUUCUCCGAUGCAUAGAUUUCUACAAGUGAGUCUCGUCAUCAACCUGGUAACGAGGUAGCUUCGCUACACGAGGUUGACAUAGAGAAUCUGUAUUGUUUUCUGCUUUGAAACAUUGAUACAUCGCACCUUGAUUUUAGGUUAAAUUUGUAUGUCUUAAAACUUAUUGUGGGACAACCACAGUAGAAAAGCUCUGAGGCGCUAGCUACCAAAAAGAGUGGCUUUCAUAUUCGAUAAUGACACUGAUUUAUUUGAAAACAUCCGGAAUUAAACUAUCGGGCUUAAUUAUUAAUAACUAAAAAAAACACUGUGCUAAUAAAAACAAUUUUACAGACUCUUGGUUAGGUGGCAUACUCAAAGGAAAGUUAUGUUCCCUGACACCCUGUCCCACUUGCGGGUAAAUAGCAUGCCCUGAAGCAGUACUGUAACAUUUAAGAAGUGCCCAAUUCUGCGCUUAUGAUUGUCAUUUUCAGCUCAUAGGGGAGAAAUGCCCGGUAACUUUUGGAGUAUGCAUGCGCACAUCAAGCAAACAAAUCCAUGAUUUUUUGUAAAAGUGAAAUACGCUUGAACGUAAGCGCGGAAGUCCUUGAUUCCGAAAACGCCGAUUCUUUGGGUAAAAGCAUCCAACGAUAAUAGGCCCGAACCAUUUUAAAGCCUCGCAGUAACAAAAAAGUUCCCACACAUCAACAAAGACAGCUGUUGACCAGGGCCCAAGUGUAUAAAGCCUUUAAGCACAAAAACUAGCCUAGCACGGACAAUAUUGCUAAACAGAAAUAGGUAAUUGCGACUGGUGCACUACUCAAUGUUUGCUUAGCGGAGAAAAUUGCUGAGUGGUAUUUUCUGCUUAUUAAACAAGCUUGAUAAACUUGGCCCCUAGGGGUGCACUAGAUUUGAGAAUUCUCUAUCAAAGGGAUCAUUUAUGCAAAUGUAUUGUACUUUAAAGGCAGGAACAUAAACCAAAAA